AUGAAGUUCAACAUGGAAAAUAGCAGAUCUGUCAAUGUACCUCUUGGCUCUCAUUUUGAAUUGAGUAAAAAGCAAUGUCCUAAAACUGAUCUUGAACUUGAAGAAAUGAGAAACAUUCCAUAUGCUAAUGCUAUAGGCUCUGUCAUGUACUUGAUGAUUAGUACUAGGCCAGAUAUUGCUUAUGCUGUUUCUUGUUUAAGUAGAUAUAUGGCAAAUCCCGGUGUUCCUCAUUGGGAAGCUUUGAAAUGGUUGUUCAGAUAUUUGAAGUCUACUAUGCAUUAUGGUCUGAAUUUUGCUAAGGCUCAAGAUGGCAUUAAAUGUGUUGGAUAUGUUGAUUCUAACUAUGCAAAUGAUAUGGAUAGUAGAAAGUCCUCUACUUCUUAUGUGUUUACCUUGUGUGAUGCCUGCAUUAGUUGGAAAUCUCAAUUGCAAAACAUUGUUGCCUUGUCUACUACUGAAUCUGAGUAUAUUGCUGCAACUGAGGCUGUGAAAGAAGCCAUUUGGCUUGAUGGUUUGCUAUCUGAAAUUAGAUACAUUGAUGAUAAACCCAUUGUUUUCUCUGAUAGUCAAUCUGCCAUUCAAUUAUGCAAAAACCCUGUGUUCCAUGAUAGAACUAAGCAUAUUGAUGUCAAAUAUCACUUCAUUAGGGAUGUAGUUGAAAAAGGAAAUGUUUUGCUUGAUAAAAUUCCAUCUGAAUUCAAUCCAGCAGAUAUGGGCACCAAGUGCCUUCCAGUUGCAAAGCUGGAAUCUUGCUUGGAAACUCUGAACAUUGGUCCUGGUUAA